GGGGCCGGGCGCUACCGGGAGCUCGCUGUGACUUUCCCCGCGGGUUGUACCCGCCCGCGGCCGGGCCCGCUGCCCGUCCCGAUGGAGCUCUCCUGCCAAACGCUGAGAACCACCUACCAGGCGAGGGAGGCGGUCCAUGAAAUGGGAGAUGCCAACAGUGUACAGCUGGUCUUUGUAGUGUAGUCAAACAGAUCUCAGACCUGUUCUCCAUCCUCCCUUCUCCAAGCACUCAGAAAAUGGGCUUCUAGUUUCUAGAGGGAGGGAAACAGCCACGCUGGAGCACAAGAUUUCCUUGCACAGUCAUUGGAGAUGUUGUGCAUGAGAUCUGCAAGAUUCGUCCCCUGAAAUUCACAGCAGCCUGAACAUGUUGGAGAUACAUAACCAUAGUAAGGGAAGAUGAGAUGCGAACAGAAGCUCGUAGAAAAAAUCUCCUCAUUCUAAUUUUCCAUUAUUUAAUGGAGGAAGGGUAUGUUGAUGCUGCAAAUGCUUUGGAACAAGAGACGAAACUAAGUUUACGUGGCUUUGAAGUUUGUGACAACGUUGAUCUUGAGACAAUUUUGAUGGAAUAUGAAAGCUAUUAUUUUGUAAAGUUUCAAAAGUAUCCUAAAAUUACCAAAAAGGUCCUGGACACUGUGGAAAAUAAACAACAGCUGAGAACUGGAGGAAGACCAAGAAGGGCAGCAAGCUCUUCUCAGAAUCUCCCAAGACUCAAACAUCAGACACUGCAACGACCGUUGUCAAAAACUUCACCUGGGAGUACAACAGAAUUUAAAUUGUCCACCAAGGAGACCCCCAAACAGAAUAAUGACAGUGCAGUUACUCUGGAGCAAUCUGACUUUGGCUUAAGCAUCUCAGCAAUCAACAAAACUGGAGGAGACGGCACUCAUUCAAGAAGGGUUGGUGGAAACCUGGGCCAGGUAGUUGACUUCUAUGGGAUAAUCCAGGAUGCUGUCAAAGUAUCAUCAAAUGGAAUAGCCUCGAACAGCCUUAAUUGUGAUCCAGAUCCAUCAGAACGAUUAUUGAAACCCCUUAGUGCUUUUAUUGGCAUGACUGGUGAGAUGAGAGAACUUGCAACAGUUGUAAGCAAAGAUAUUUAUCUCCAUAAUCCAAAUGUGAAGUGGGAUGAUAUUAUUGGACUGGAUGCAGCUAAAAGACUAGUCAAGGAAGCAGUUGUUUAUCCCAUAAGGUACCCCCAGCUGUUUACAGGCAUUCUGUCUCCUUGGAAAGGAUUACUGCUGUAUGGACCACCAGGUACUGGAAAAACUUUGCUUGCCAAGGCUGUUGCCACAGAAUGCAAUACAACCUUUUUCAACAUAUCGGCAUCCACCAUUGUCAGCAAAUGGAGGGGUGAUUCAGAAAAACUUGUCCGGGUGUUAUUUGAGCUUGCCCGGUACCAUGCUCCUUCCACAAUUUUCUUGGACGAGCUGGAGUCAGUUAUGAGUCAAAGAGGCACUAUUUCUGGUGGUGAACAUGAAGGAAGUCGGCGGAUGAAAACAGAAUUACUGGUGCAGAUGGAUGGCUUGGCCCGAUCUGAUGAUCUUGUAUUUGUUUUAGCAGCUUCCAAUCUGCCAUGGGAGUUAGAUUCCGCCAUGCUGCGGCGGUUGGAGAAGAGGAUUUUGGUCAACCUUCCAAGUAAAGAGGCACGGCAGGUGAUGAUCCAGCACUGGCUGCCUCCUCUGAGCAACAGCGGAGGAGUGGAGCUGAGAACAGAUCUAGACUACAGCUUGCUCGGCCAGGAAACAGAUGGGUACUCCGGCUCAGACAUUAAACUUGUGUGCAAGGAAGCAGCUAUGAGACCAGUGAGGAAAAUUUUCGAUGCUCUUGAAAAUCAUCAGCCAGGUAACAGUAACUUAUCUGUGAUCCGAUUAGAUACAAUCACAACCACAGAUUUCCUGGAUGUGAUUGCCCACACCAAGCCGUCAGCAAAGAAUCUAAGCCAGAAGUACACAGCUUGGCAGAGAGAAUUUGAGUCAGUUUGAAAAGGAACACCUCAAAAGAUUGAAAACUUCCAAGAAUUUUGCUAUCCAGAAUGGCAUUGCCUUGCCUUCAAAGGAUUGAACAGUGAUGGGGAAGGAAGUGCUGUUGUUUCCAGGAAAGAGAAUGCAGUGACAAAUAUCGGGGAAAUCUUUUAUUAGCUGUUUUCAAUGACCAUUCAAAAAAUAUUCUGCAUGGAAAUAAUGUGAUGACAGUUGCUAUGUAAUGAAGACUCCAACCUUAAUUUUAUGUAUAAAGACUUAAAAGAUUGCUUGCUUCUCAGUCUUUAUUCGUG